GCCAACAGUGCAAGGAAAGGCAAGACGGGUAGAAAGAGAAACCGUCUUGCUUUCGAAAAUAACAAAUACGAUAACGGAGCUUCGUUGUAUGUCCUCGCUUCACACCCGGCCAUGCCAACGACACAGCAAUGUAUUAUUAUUGCAACUGGAAUAAAAUGAGCGCCAGUGCAGCCGGGCCCGGAGUGGAGAGUUGCGGGGCCGGGUGUCCGCAUAGCGCCAGCCGCUGCUGCGGGGGAGGAGGCUGCGGCGAGCCCGUUAGUGGCGACGGAAGCUCGGCCGCUGCGGCUACAGCCACCAGCGCUGCCCCAGCGCAGAGCCCCAGCGUUGCCGAGGCCCAGGCAUUCUGCGAAUGGGACGAUGACACCAAAACCUCCAUCGAUGCGUAUCGGGCCCAGAAAAUGAACAAGGAGGGAUUUUUUGCGAACGGUACUGCUGAUAUCACACGGGACAGAGACGAAUGUGCGGAUUCGGGGAAAUACGGACGCGGGCGUUUUUGUAGACAAAGCACAGGAGAGGGUGAGGAUAACAGCAUUAAUAUUGAGCUCGAAGGGGGUGAUCGUCGGUGUUUUAUGAGCGCUAUGACGCGAAGGGACGAGCGCAGAGCGACCGCGAGACUGCCGCCUCUGCGCACUGGGAGAAACCGACGAGGGCAGACGGCACGCACCGAACCCGAGGGCUUGAUGAUGACAGCCGCUGUAAGGUGUGGUCACGGGAAUCCCGAGCCCGCAGUCAUCAAGCGCCGGGGAUGCAGUUUCACGCGAGCCUCCAAGAAGGUGUGUUUCUCCGGGAUAAGCUCGGUGACAUACUGCGAUAGAUCGGAUGCUGUGGCCCGCGUCCGUUCCAACGGGGCAGCUCACGCGAAAGGCUCCGUGGGCAGCACGGAGACUUUCAAAUCCGGACGUCAGGUGGACACCCCCAAAAACAGACGCGUCCAAUCCGAGAAUUCCAAGGCGCGAAAAAUGAAUUUCGCAGAGGGUGGCAACGGCAGGGAAAAUACCGAGCUGCCUACAUGCAGAACGGCGAAGGGUCGCGUUCGAAUGUACAGGGUGCGUUCAUUUCUUGAAAGCUCCGCCAACCAUAACAACGGGGUCAGCGGAAACGGAGCCCCACACGUAAGUAUUAACAAUAGCUCCUCGUCGCAACCCUUCUACCCGUUGUCUGACCAAGCCCCCGACCCUGAGCGUGACCAAGCACUGCCGCCGCAACAGUCACGACUACAUGGACGUGUAAAAAAGCCUCUGUGCGCCAAUGCAAGUAACUCUUCUCGCACUGAAAGCUUUCAAUCAAGGAGUGGGACUCUUAAUGGGACAGAACACUGUGCAGGAAGCCCAAUUAAACAGAAUAAUAACCCAGCCAAGUGUGAGAGUACAGGUGAGGGCCCUUCAGAAUUGGAGGGCCCCAGCAAUGAGCAGAUCGACACAGUCAGGGGGGAAGCUGAACGGCGGCAAGUGGAGCUGGAGGGUCGCACAGAUUACCUUUGGAGGCGCUUGCAGGCCGUUCAGGUGAAGCAAGUGGAGAGACACGUUUCACAUCAGCUUCGUGGCCUAUACAGGAGCCCAGGGUUGAGCUGCACCAGGAGGCCCGGUGCCUUGUCUCGUAACUCAGCAGAGCUGAGCAGGUUGGCAUGCAGCUGCAGCGAGAUUCUCCGGACUGCAGAGAGUGCCCUGGACUCAGACCACACGGCCAGUAGCUCAGGAGGUGACAGUGACAGUGAGGAAGAUGAGGGAUUGGAUAGAGGUCGACGCCUACGACCCCUCCCAACAAAAUAUAUUGUCACUGGCAAAGAAUGGCAGUGGGUGGAGAAUAGGGCCUGGCUUGGGAGCAGAUGGGUGUGGCUGCAAACUCAUGUAUCAGAACUGGAGAACCGAAUCCGAGCACUGACAGAACUUUACACACACCUCAGGCAGGAAAAGGUGCGGACUGCUUACUCUGUGCUUGACACACCCCUCAGAACAUCAAAUCUCUCCCCCAUAUCACACAACUGCAAGUUGUCCUCUGUUGGUGAUCCAAACAGGAAGUGGCAGACAGAAGAAACCCCCACACCACAAACUGUGCCCAGUCCAACAACUUCUGCCGCACGGGUUCGACCGUUACUCCGGCAACGGCGUCACAGACUUAUUCGCCUUGAGGACUGUGCUGUGCUGGGCUCAAAGGCGGUCUCAUUACAGUGCUGGUGUGAACCUCCAACUUUGUGUGUGUUAUGUGGUGGUGCUCCUCCUCGCUCCACCUCAGACAAGGAGAAGGAUCUCUGGACUUGUCAGGGCUGGCUCGAUAUGUCUGUUCACCCUGUCCUCUCUAUGCCAUCAGAUUCACCCCUCCCACUGCAUUGUGGAAUACGCCCGCUGGUCUGGCAUCAUUCUCAUAAUUCAAUUCAGUGGAUGGACAGCUCAACUGCUUCGUCUUGGCUGGGGAGGCAGGGCCAGGGACGAGCUGGGAGAGUGAGGAGGAGACUAGUUUGUCCCCGCCCACCCAAUACACUGCCUCCUUUAUUUAACACACCUGGUGGUUCUGGUUACAGAAGCCAGAGAGGUGUGAUUAGCCCAAUCUGUCAUCCUCAGCGAGACACAGACUGGCCCACCCUGCUGGCAACACCCCCAGCGACAGACACGUCUGCUCAGCCUUUGCGAAGGAAGAAAGCGGAAAGUUCAUUUGACAUAGACAACCUAGUGAUGCCUUUGGGCCUGGCUGGACUAGGAGCGCGGGUACAGAAAUUACAAUAUAAAGAGAUUAUUACCCCAAGCUGGAGAGAGCUGGACUCUCUCUCAGUGGUCUUCAAGAACCAGGAGGUGCCACAUCCCCAAUUGUUAAAUUACAUUAAGACGCACCACCAGCCUAAUGAGGAAGGACUGGAAAAUGAAGAGGAGGUGGAAGAUCUUUGUGACGCCGUGUUUCUGAGUCGCCAUGCUGUGUGUGAGCGUAGAGAGAGAAGUCGGUGGGGGAGUUGGGCUCGUAGACGUCGCAGGGGCAGAUCUUUUUCAUCCUACCAUGGGGAUGGGAAGAGCUCCAGUAGGCUGGAACAGACACCUGACUCUCCAGUUUCCAGGCAGAGUCAUUGUGCUGAAGGAGAUGUCUCGCCAUGCAGCCCCUUCUGCACUACAGCAGAAGAUCCCUUCAGCAUGGCUGAGGAAGAACAACAGGCUGUGCUGCCAUGGGAACGCCGGUCGUUCCCCUUGCAGGAAUCAGAACUUCAGUGGCUGCAGGAGGAGGAAGAGGAGGAGCCUAAUGAGGACCCAUGCACAGCCAGUGGCCGUAGCCAAAGCACAGACUCUGGAAUCUCUGUGGGCAGCCUGGAGCUCUCCCCGAGGACCCCUCAGCCCUGUCAGCAGCACUCAGGCAGCGAGCGAGCCACACCAAACACAUUGUUCUACAAACCAGCCAUCCCAACAACAAACUCUACAGCUCAGGAUUCUCCCACUAUUCCUCUUUCGUUGUGCUCGCCCUCUCCUUUAUCAUAGCUCAUCAUUCAUCCACCUCUCUGUGCAUUCUCUCCACCCAGCAGUUUAGUUUGCAGGCCCAGUAGAACCAUCUUAAAAGGAUAGUUCACCUAAAAAUGAAAAUUCUGUUAUUUACUCACCCUCGUGGUGUUCUACCCGAAUUAAUUUAUAUCUUCCUUGGGACACGAGAAAAUGAUAAGGUGUUAUAAAAGUGAAGCCUAACAUCUCCAUUUGUAUUCACCAAAAUUAAGAAAAUCAAAUAGGUUUGGAACAACAUGAGGGUAAAUGUAAAUCAUUUGCAUGUGGACUAUCCCUUGGAGGGAAAAACAGUUUCUUUCUGCUAAGAUCAAAUGAACAAGACCACACACCCUAAUGCCAUUGACCCUGUUAUCAUGAGUCCUCACACUUAUCUAACCAUGAGCCCUCCUGUGUCCUUACACCCUGUACCCUAUCCCUGAACCUAUUGGAGCCUUACAUGAAACCACAAAGCCUAUUAUUUAUAAUCUUCACCCACAUCUUCAUCCAUUCAAUUGUCAAUUCUGUAUCCUCCAUCUUACCAGUUUCUCCACUGCACUUUUCAUUACCCUUAUUGCUCUGGUCCUCCAUUAUCCCUCCUUUUAUCUCUUCUGCACCAGCCUGCCCCCAAAUACAGCUGCUGUAUGAUCUGACUCUACUUGGGUUAUCUCCUAAAUGGACAGAUGAAAUGACUUCCCUGCUGAAAAAAAAAACUUAAACCAGCCUAAGAUGGUUUGCUGGGGUCUCGGGCUGAUCUGCUUGUCCUUUUUGGACACUUUUCAGCUGGUCAGGCUGAUAAACCAUCUUAAACCAGCUAAGAUAAACAAACUAGCUUAGCCUGGUUCAAGCUGUUCCCUUACGACUCAGUACACUUGACAUUGUGUGCUAUUGCAUAUGGGGAGUGUCCUUCCACACGACCUAGUUGAAACCUCUCAACAAUAACGACAACAUUCUAAUACUGGCUAUGAUGUUUGAGCCCCAUCCUUUUAGGUGCAAAGCUGUCCAAUAUAAAAGCAGGUGCACAAACAUCAUUCCUCAGAAGUUUCUUCCUUGAAGACAGUGAUUCAUCUCUAGUCUAGAAGCCCUCUAAUGCUUCAUCGUUGACUACACGAGUCAGUGGGCAGAAUAUUCACGUCAACAAGAAGACUCCGCUCCCCUGCAGUGUUCCGGCUAACAUCACUCCGCCUCGCCACUUGAUGCUUCACUGGUCGCUUCAGCAUCCUGAUUCCCUGCAGUGCUUCGGCAGGUGUUGUGUAUCCUUAUAAAGCAAUUGUGUGUGUGUGAAAAUAUAUAUAUAUAGUCGCUUACACAUCCUACACACCGCCUUCAGAUCAGCUGCAUUCUCUAGGCUGUGCCAGGUCUCAUGGAGACAGACUGCCCUCACAGCGAGGGUAUGAGUCUCAAGACACUUCGCUCGCGAAUUGCCCUCGCUCUGAGGGAUGAUUCAGCCUCUCGCGUCCCUCAAUCUCCAUCCAACGCGUCUCUGCCGAUACAUUAUGUGCUUGAUGAGCUCCGGCCCUCCACAGGAGCUCACGGCCUCGUCUCGUUCGGCAGUUCUGACGCUGGGGAUGAUGAUGAUGUUUUGUCUCUUGCUGCAGCAGGCGAGUGGUCAAUGGAUGAUGCUACAGCCUCUCCCCCCAGCAAUGGCAAAGAGCAUGUAUGCGCCACUGACAAGGAGAUGCCUCGCGUCCUUCCAUGGGCGGUUGAAGAGCUCGAUAUCGAAUGGUCUCCUCCAGAGGAACAUACACAAUCUCACCGUGAUGAAUGGUUGCUGCAGUCCGGACGGCGUCAAGCGACUGCCUCUCCUAGAUCUGCCCCUUUCCUCCCUGAAGUUCAUAACGAACUGUCAAAAUCCUGGCGCAUGCCCUAUUCAGCUCGCACACGCAGCGAUUACAUCCUCUCCUAUGUGGAUGUAGCACCCCGUAGGCGGUAGUGGCACAUCUCUGCCUGGCGAGUAGUUUCACGCCCCUUUCAUCUUUCUAAUCCGUGUCGACUAACAUCUGCACUGGCUGUUUCCAAGCUAAGCUCCUCAAACUAAUAGACGAGCAAGGCUAUGAUCCAGAGACGUUCAUAGAGCUCUUCGUUGCUACGGAUGCUAUGAGCCAUGAAAGUCACUGCACAGGCAAUUGGCAAGUCAAUGAGCAACCUGGUGUUUUUGGAUCGUCACUGACACUGGCUGUCCCUCACGGAAAUGCAUGACAUGGGAAAAGCCCGUUUGAUGCUCCGGUAUAUCCAGCCAGCCUUUUUGGAGGCUCUGUGAAUAGAAUCGCUGAGUGCUACGUCACGACUCUGCAACAAUCACGGGCUAUGAGACAUUUUAUACCAAAAUGGAACAGUACUUCAUCACAACCAGCUCGCUCCCGCUCUGUCUCAGUCCAGCGCCCAGCUAAAAAACACCCACACCAGCUGCAUGUCACCAGCAAAUUGCUGGUAAAGCCACUGAACCCCCCCAUUGUUCAAUAUGUUGUUUUCUGUGUCUCACAUUAAUCACAUGCUAUAAAGUUUGCACAUUAUGCACAACCGCUUCCCAAUGGUGAACAACGCAUUAUAUCUUGUAAUGAAUUAUAAAGAUUGAAAAAAGAUUACAGCACUCAUUGCACAUGCACAAGACCCUCACACUUUUCAAUAAAGGGUUUUUCCGACUUCAAAGCCUCAUAUUAUGCGCAACCACUUCCAACUGGUGAGUGGCACAUUAUAUAAUGUUAUGAACAUAACAUAUUGCCCUCUGCCCGUUACGCAGACGCAUGGCGAGCGCUUGCUGGCCUUCCGACUGGUUGCUAAAAAACUAUCGAACAUGGUUAUACGAUCCAAUUUGCAUGUUGACCACCACGAUUCAAUGGUGUUCUGUCUUCCACGGUUCCGUCCAAAGGACACACCAGUGUUACGAGCCGAAAUACACAAUCUUCUCGCAAGAAUGCGAUAGAGGAUGUUUCAUAUGAAUUAAUGAACCUGCUGUCUCGCUAAGUCCUCACGGGUGUGUCAGCUGGUGUUAACAACGACCGAGCACAAUUUCUGGUCUUACCACAUGAUAUGCAGGUGUUGCAUGCACAGACUGUGACUCACACAGUGGGAUUUUAAGCCGUUAAUUCCUUGUUCUAGAGAAGAAUGGCGGGCUUCGGCCCAUUCUAGUUCUGAGAUGCUUGUAUCACUCGCUACACGGCCAUUCAAAAUGUUAACUCAUCAAACAGAUCUUAUCGCACAUACGUCCUCAGGACUGAUUCCCAUCAAAAGAUCUGAAUGACAUGUAUCCAUGUUCCAAUUACACCGCGUUACAGGCGUCUUUUUAGAUUCUCGUUCGAAGGAACUCCAGAUCAAUUUAAAGUCCUUCAUUUCAGUCUAACUCUGGCUCCCCCCACGUUCACAAAAUUUAUUGAUGCAGCCCUCGCCCUAUUGAAAAUAUACGGUGUGUGUGUUUUGAAUUACCUCAGCCAAUCAGAGGCACUACUGAGCGUAUACCGAGUCUGGCUGCUUUGCCAUAUGGAAAAUAUGUCAACUGGCGAAAAGCACACUUUUCCCCAGUCAGUAAAUCUCCUCAUGAACAAGCAUGUACAGACCAUUCUUCUGUGUUUGUUUCAGUACAAAUUGAAAAAACAUUACCAUAGAAGUAAUUUCAUUUUCAUGUGCAUCACAGUAACUCGCCACUGUCUGGCUGCUUUAGCACCAUGGACAGUGCCAGCCUUCUACCAACAGGGUGUUAUGCUGGGUCAAGUUUUCAGAAAGAAAGUGCUGACCACAAAUGCUUCUAAGACAGGCUGGUGUGCAGUGUGUAAUGGAUGCCUGAAUUUCGACACCUGGAAACUGGUGCUAAACGGCCAAGAUAUGUCAACCACAUUAAGCUAUUGGCUGUCUUUCUAGCUUUGAGCGCUUUUCAUUCCGAUAUUGUGAAUCACCACAUUCUGAUUCGUUGGGCAAUGCAACAGAAGUGGCAUAUAUAUGUUGCCAUGACACGCUGGCUCACGUUUGGCGGCGAAGUGCAAGUAUGCACUUUCCCUGGUGUACCUCCUUCAUUCUUUCAUCAGUAAAGUCAGAGUGGACAUGGAAACAGUUCUGUUAAUUAUGCCAAAAUGGCCCAAUCAGUCCUGGUUUCCAGAAAUGAUAGAGAUGUUAUACAGCUCGCCAUGGGAAAUACCACUGAGGAGGGAUCUCCUCUCUCAGGCGCAAGGCACAAUCUGGCAUCCCCAGACCAAGCUGUGAAACCUGCAUGUGUGGCCCCAGAACGAAGCACGCUAUAUGCUCCAGAAUUGAUAUAUUCAGUCAUGAACACCAUUUUACAGGCCAGAGUGCCGUCCAUGAGACGCCUCUAUGCACUAAAAUGGAAUGUGUUCACUAAUUGGUGUCUUUCACAUGGCAAAGACCCAGUAAACUGCCCCAUACAAGAAAUUCUCAUAUGUCUUCAAGAGCGAUUAGACGCAAGACUCACUCGUCAACUUUCAAAGUUUAUGUGGCGAAUAUAUCUGCAUUGCACACACCUGAAGCCUGCCCCACUAUAGGCAAACAUGAUUUAAUCAUAAAGUUCCUUAGAGGAGCAAGACUAUUAAAUCCACCUCAGCCAGCUACAGUGCCAACUUGGGACCUAACUUUGGUCCUAAAUGCACUCGCAGAACCCCCCUUCAAGCCUUUGGACUGUUUAUUUGUGCAUGCUCUCCAUUUAAGACUGCACUACUGCUAGCUCUGGCCUCAGUAAAACAGGUCAGUGACUAACCUGCACUAUCAAUUGACAAUUCAUGUCUGGAGUUUGGCCCCGGUCUUUCAAAAGCCACUGUCAAACCCAGAAAAGGCUAUGUGCCUAAGGUCCUAACCACGCCUUUCAGAGUGCAGGUGGUUCUCCUUUAAGCAUUCUUCCCUCCACCAUUUAAUUCAGAUUAGGAACAAUCCUUGCAUGCAUACGUUGAGUGCACCCGCCAGCUCAGACUGUCUUAUCAGCUCUUUCUGUGUUAUGGAUGAUGCACGAAAGGAAUAUCCAUCUCCAAGCCAAGACUUUCUCACUGGAUCGGUGAUGCGAUUGCCUUGGCUUAUGAGUCGCUGGGUAAGAUCUGCCCAAUUGGUGUGGCGGUGGCAUCGUAGUGGGUUAUUGGAGUGGUGGUGGCGUAAUGGGCUGAGGCACAUAACUGUUAAUCAGAAGGUUGCUGGUUCGAUCCCCACAGGCACCACCAUUGUGUCCUUGAUCAAGGCACUUAACUUUAAAUUGCUCCAGGGGGAUUAUUCCUGUAAUAAGUGCUCUGUAAGUCACUUGGCCAGGCAUGGCCUGCUCAUGGGGUUGGAUGAACUGUGUGUCUUUACAAGACAUAUGUUUUGCACCAGGAUGGUCUUCUCAAAAUACAUUCACAAGGUUUUACAACCUAGACGUAAUGCCUCUCUCUUCACAAGUUCACUCUGUUUAGAGCAUUUGCUAUUUCAUUUGCCAAACAUAUACUUAUGCCCCUCCACUUAAGUACAGACUCCCCAUAAUUUUACACAACCGCCUGCAUCAGUCUGUUGUAAUUUACCAUAAAGUCACUAGCACUUUCAUUAUAAUUAAACUCACUUCCCAACUGGAUUUGUGAAGGGGUUACUUCAUACUAUAUGACUCUAGUUCAUAUAUUCAUUUUGAGUGCUCCCCUCCUGGCCCAACAUUAGGUUCACUCACUUGCGGCAUACUCUUGUCGGUCGACGUCCCGCGGGACUGCGGCGUCAUGUUUCCUCUCUCUGAAAGGUUAUGCCAUGUAGUGCGGCGUAAUGUGAUUCUGUUCCCCAUAUUCGUUAGCAUGCAAUGUCAAGUGUACAGGGCCAUAAGGGAACGUCUCAGUUACGCACGUAACCUAAGUUCCCUGAGGUGAAGGGAAUGAGACAUUGCGAAUGCUGGCUGCACUACAAGACUCAAGAGUUCAUCUGAGGUGUGAGGAUACACUCCUUGUCCCUCCCCUAAUAGGGCGUGGCUCAAGCACCAUAGCCAAAAUUUGAAUAUUGCUGUUAUUGUAGAGUGGUUUCAACUAGGUCCUGUGGAAGGACUCCCCAUAUGUGUUAGCACACAAUAUCUCGUUCCCUUCGUUUCAGGGAACUGAGGUUACAGUACAUAACAGAGAUGUUUUCUUGAGUAGGGUUGUCUACUAAUUACGUCUGUUUUGCUCUGUAUUAUCUUUUUUGGACCUGUCUAAAUUGUUUUCUUCAGCUGUGUCAAUUUUGUGUUGUUGAAUCAUUACGUUUCGUGCUGUACUCGCUUUACAUUCGAGAACAUUAGCUUGAACCCAAACAGAUUUUCAAAUAUAAACUCUUGGUUGAUGAUCUCCAUAUACAGGCACUACAUGCUACCCAUUGCGUGAAUGUAUUUACUGGGAUAUCUGAGUUACCUUAUUCAUAUGUUGUAUUGUAUAGUCCAUGGAGAUGUGUGUAUUGCCAGUCACUACUCUGAAUAUAUAAAUCAUAGCAUUUAAAGUCUGUUACAUGCUCUCUGGAUGCUGCAGUGGGCUGCCUGAAUGUUUCCACAUAAAGUAUACUUUGGUUUCCACAUGACACCUUGUGUGUGCACACCUGUUAAAGAAAGCGUGAUUGUUCUUGUUUAUCCAUAUUUGGCAGAGAGUGUAUGCUUGUGUUAUUUAGACAGGUCCACUGUACUGCUGCAUUAGGGGUCAGUGUUGGUGAAUAAAAGUAUUUAUUUUGUAGAAAAACACAAGAGAAACAUAAAUGGAAGUUAUUUUUAGAAACGCACACGAUGCUCUCAAAGCAAAGACGCAAUAAAGGAAUAAACACAA